ACGCAGAGCGGCGAUGAGGUCCCAGGCCGCAGCCUGCAGCCGAGGAGCUCUCGGAAAGCGCUCGGGAAGCCGUUCGUCCAGCGGGAGGGCCGAGGCGGCGCGUUCGGCCGGGGGCCCGUUUUGAGGAGGGUCCGCGGACUGUCGCUGCUUGCUCUCGCUUGCUGGCCGAGCGCCCUCCGAGGAGAGGGGAGACUUUUUCAGAGCAGCAGCCAUCCGGCGGACCAGCCUUUUCCAGCAGGAUGAGCCGGUGGCUUAAAUGUACCUCCGUGUACUUCAACACAGACUGGAACAAGUAUGACGACCGGCUGAUGAAGGCAGUUGAGCGGGGCGAGGGGGAGAAGGUCGCCGCUCUUCUCGGCAAGAAGGGCAUCGUCCCCACCAAACUGGACGUCGAGGGCCGUUCGGCAUUCCACCUGGCUGCCACCAGAGGACACCUGGACUGUCUGAACCUCAUCCUUGGGCACGGUGUCGAUGUCAUCGCCAAAGAUGCUGCCGGUAAGAAUGCUCUUCACUUGGCUGCAAGGAACGGACACUCUCUCUGUGUGCAGAAACUCUUGCAGCAUAAUUGUCCGGUCGGGAAUGUUGACCUGCAGGGAAGAACGGCACUGCACGAUGCAGUCAUGGCUGGCUGUGCUUCCAGUGUUAAACUCCUCUGUGACAGCGGGGCGUCUGUAAAUGCUACUGAUUUUGAUGGCCGAACUCCCCUAGUGCUGGCUACCCAGAUGUGCCACCCCCAUAUCUGCCAGCUACUGCUGGAGCGCAGGGCAGAUAUCACAGUACGGGACAAGCAGAACAAGACUGCACUGAUACUGGGAUGCGAAUACGUGUGCAAGGAUGCUGUGGAGGUCCUGCUGAGGGCUGGAGCGGAUGUCAUGGCCGUGGAUGGCUUCGGACACGACAGCUACCAUUAUGCCCGCCUUAGCAAGAACGUCGAGCUGGUGGCUCUGGUGAGGAACGCGGUGGAGAGUGCCGCAAAGGCCAAAGGAGCUGCAAAGAUGGAGCAGAGAUUGCGACAGCAGUCAAUAGAAAUGGCUAUUGAAGCAGAAGCAAACAUUAAGGAUCAAAUUAUACAUGAACUGGAGAGAAAGAAUGAGAGUCAACAGGAGAGUCUGAAAAAGCUUAAUAUGGAACAUAGAAUCCUGCUGGACAAGGUCAACCAACUGCAUCAGCAGCUCAGCCAGGAGAAGUUAAAUGUGGAAGACAUGCAGAAAGAGAGAGACCAACUGAAGUUGCUGCUGAUCUCCAAGGAGAAGGAGGACGGUGUCCGUACCCCAGAGACGGUGAAGGUCCAGUUAAAGAGUCCCCUGGGGGAUUAUUCAGGCCAGUCUGUUAUCAAAGGAAAAGACAACAUCCUGGUAAAACAGUCUCAAAGCCUGGAUUCUGCAUCGCUUCUGCAGUCAGGUCCCGCAUCGCUGCGAUCCGUGUCCCGCCCCCUGGAGCUGACGGUGCCGGGCAUGGUUCCGGCCGGGGAGGCAGAGGCUCUGCGCAAAGAACUUGAAGCGGUGAGAAAGAGUCGGGAGGCUGCAGAACAGGAGGCUGGAAGGCUCAAGGAAUCACUCGCACGUAAGAUCCAGGAGUGCGAGGAGCUGGCACAGAGCCGAGACGCCGCCAAGCGUGAAUCGGAGCGGCAGGUGCGGGAGCUGGAAGAGGCCCUGAGUGACGUACAGAAGAGGAUGUUAGACUCUGAGGCGAAAGUGAAGCAGCUGCAGUCUCACGUGGUGGCCGUAAAGGAGCGCCUGAGCAGCCAGCAGCUGGAAGACCUGAGGGUCCAGCUGCAGGAUGUCAAAUCAAAGUACGAGGGAGCCUCGACAGAGGUGGGUCGACUGCGUAAUCAGCUGAAACAGAGCGAGAAGGCCUUGGAAGAGUACAAGAAGAGCGAGGGAGCGCUGGCAGAAGAGACGGAGAGGCUGACGAAAGAGCUGGAGAAUGCCAAGAAGGACAAGGAAGCAUUGACCCUGGAACUGGUGGACAUGGAAUCUCUCGUGAAGGAGCUGGAGGUGGGGCAGAUGUCCAUGGUCCCUACAGAGAAGUUUGACAACAUGAAGAACCUUCUUACCAACGCUGUAGAUGAGAAGGAGAAGCAGCUGGCAGAGGUGAGGGAGGACUACGACAGGGUGCUUGAGGAGGCAGCGGAGCUCCACAGGGAGCUGGACAGUCAGAGGACCAGGGCUGAGAGAACUGUGUCCCAGACGGAGCAUGAAAGAGUGAGGGCUGCGCUAGAGGAACAGAAUGGGACCUUGAAGAAGAAGCUGACAGAUGUAACUGCCAAGAGCCAGGCGCUUAUCCGAGAGGUGGAGGAGAUUGAAAAAGAGAGGGAACUUUUGAGGGUACGUGUUCAGGACCUGAAUAAGAAGAUGCAAACUCAGUAUGUGCCCCUAAAGUCCCACGAGGAGCUGAAGAAAUCACUCAACCACAGCAUAGAGGACCUUAACAAGCAGCUAAUAGAAGCUGUGCAGAAGAGAAACAAGGAUGAGGAAGAGCUAAAGAAGCUUGAGGUAGAGAGGGCCACACUGUGUGAAAAUGUGACCAACCUGAAGAGUCAGUACAUCCAGAAGGAGAGGUUGGAUCAGGAGGUGGCAACGCUGACGGCUCAUAAUGGAGAGCUGGAGAAGGAGCUGGAACUCCUUAAGGCACAGUGUCAGGACAAGGAAAAAGAGCUGGACAAGGUGGUGGCUGAGUACACGUCCCUGAGGCAGAGCUUGCAGAGAGGGUUUGUACCGAGAGGCGAGCAUGAGAAAAUGAAAGAUGAGUUAAGUAGAGCUUUGGAGGAAGCAAAGUGUCAAGUUUCCAGUAUGGUAAAGCGGUGCAAGGAAAGUGAGGAUGAGUUGGGGAAAGUGAAAGAAAGGAGUGAGGCGUUGAACAAGAAACUGCAAGGUGCUCAGACCACUUUGGAAAAGGACUACGUUAGUUUUAAAGAACACGAAGAAGUGAAAAGCAAGUUGAGCCGUGCCGUUUCUGAAAUGGAGAACAGGGAAAAGGAGGCCUUGCUGAAAUACCAGUCUGCCCAGGAGGAAACAAAUAAGCUUCACAAAGAGAUAGAGGAACAAAAGAAGGAACUGGACACGAUUCAGGAGGCAAUUCGGUCGAGGUUCAUUCCUCUGGCCGUUGUUGAAGAGAGAGAGCUCUCGUUCAGUGCUUCUCUGAAGAACUUAACCGAGCAGCUUGCAGAGAUGCAGGAGAAGUACAACCGUGUGAAGAAGGAGGGAGAAUGUCACAAGCGGGAGAAGGAGAUGCUGGAAGUGGAGAUGACGUCUGUGCAGGAGAAGAUGGAGAAGGCCUUUGUGCCAGCUGAGAAGUAUCAGGAAGUAGAGCGCUUGUACCGAGGGCUUGGCCAGAGACUGGAGGACCUGGAAAAACAGUGCAAGGAUGUGAGCGUUCAGAAAACUGAGUUGGAGGAGAGGAAGGCCCAGUGCGAUGCUGAAAUUCAGAGCCUGAGGCACAAGCUGGAAACGGAGCGUGUGCCGCUGGAGCAGUUCGAGGCCGUGAAGCAGUCCCUGAACGGCAGCCUCCAGCAGGCGAGGCAGGAGUGCGAACGAGCGGCGGAGGCCCACCGGAGAGAGGCGGACAGAGCGGGUGCCCUGGAGAAGGAGCUGCAGGCCCGUAGCGGUGAUGCUGCCCGGCUUGCGGAGCAAGUCCGCAUCAGGGAGGCCUUGGAGGAAGAGGUGGCUCACCUCAAACUGGUCUUGAGGGAGGCGGAGGAGAGCAAUGCGCAGAGGUCAGAGGACGUGGCCUCCCUUCAGUCCGAGCUGCUGAGGGCCACUAGGACCCUGCAGGACCUCCAGAGCAGAGGGGUGGAAGAAGUGGCGUCGCUUGGGGCGGAGAGGCAGAAGUUUGAGGAAGAAGUGGUGGCUCUCAGGGAGAGGCUCUCAGUUGUGAACGAGCAGUACGAGGAGCUGUACAGAGAGGCUGCCCAAGCGAAGGAGAGCGAAGCAAGGGCCAGGAUGCAGACAGAAGCCCUCCAGGCCAAGAGCAUCUCCAUCGAGGAUGAGAUCAAGGAGCUGAAGAGGAGGUAUGACGACUCCCUUAGCACCAUAGGGGACCUGCAGAAGAGGAUUCAAAUGUCUUCAGAGCAGACCGAAAUGAAAGAUAAGAAGAUCACGGAGCUGCUGGCGGACGUGGAGCGACUCAAGCAGGCUCUCAACGGCCUCUCCCAGCUGGCCUACGCCGGCAACACGCCCAAACAGAGGCAGAACCAGCACGCCGAAGCCCUCCAGGCCCAAGUGAAGAGCCUGCAGCAGCAGCUGGCCGAUGCUGAACGGCAGCACAGGGAGGUGGUUUCCAUUUAUCGAACGCAUCUGCUCAGCGCGGCGCAGGGCCAUAUGGAUGAGGAUGUGCAGGCCGCCUUGCUCCAGAUCAUCCGCAUGAGGCAGCAGUUUGUGUGUUAGCGGCAGCGAGGAGGAGGCGCCCGCGGGAGGGAUCCCAUCGCCGAGCGGCCAGACCCGAUUGACGCGAGUCCUGUUCGCAACCCUCACUUUGCAGCCAAUGAACCAAAAAUACUCUCAUCGCUUGUCACCUGUCAGUGGUACUUUUCAGGCAAACUGAGAGAGCUGGGAGCUUUGACAGAGUGUGGUGUUCUUAGGGGAAAAGGUACUGUAGAUGGCAGGAUGACCAGGGGUUGCUCAUUCAGUACUCGUCUAGCCUUUCCUGCUUUACUGGGGAUUAUUUGUACAUCUGAGUUAAAUGCAUCCAUGACUGUUGGGUCACUCUCUAUUGACUUCGAACACUUUUACACUGACGUUUAGGUGGUAUGAAUAUGGUACGGAAAAUAAGUGGGUAAAGCGCACCGUGGAUGGCUUUUUCCUUUGUUUUUCAAAUUCUCUUGCAAAGGCCGAUAAAGAAUUAUGUGGCCUGUAUAGAUCUUACAUUUUUGUUUUGGUUGCAUCAUUUGAUCACUUUCAAUUGAUUUACAUGAAAUGGCUGUGAACAUUAACAGUGCAUUAUUUACCUGCUAAAACUACUGAACUCUUGUUGCCCUGUGACUCUACAGUCUAGUCAAAGCUAUCGAGUCCUGCCGCAGCCACGGUCGCAGUGCAUCAGCUGUACCCAGUCUGCGUACCUUGUUCAUACCGCAUCGUGCAUAGUUUCGCAGCAUUGUUGUACGCCGAGGAUCUGGGACGCACCUUCCUCAACUUGUAAUAUGUACCUGAGCACCACGUAGCAUAUUGUUACCAUCAUGAUGAUUAUUGUUGUCAUUACUUCACCUUCACCUUGACUUGCCAUAGAGCCGCCUCAGCUGUCGCAGAGAGAAGUACCUAAGUGGCAGUGUCCUCACUCCCUCAGUGAGGCAGCUCUCUUGUGACCCACAACAAACCGCGGUGCCUCUAGAUGUAGGUGCUGGAUUUGGUUCACUGAACACUCAUGAUGUCUUCCUUGAGAAGGAAAGGUCAGUCAUCUCUGAGUCCCAGUAGCAGUGCUCUGCUAAGUUCUCUGUGUGUGUGUGUGUGUGUGUGUGUGUGUGUGUGUGUGUGUG